AUGGAAGUGAUACAAGACGAUUCUACCCCGAAGCGCAUAGUGGUCUCCAAAAAUUGUUUGAUCCAUAACCCUAGGAGAAAGGGCAGCGCCCGAACCACAAAAAAUGAAUCGGCACAGACUGAUUCUACAACUACAGAUCAACCAUUGAGUUCACAGGAUCAUCCUUCUGCGAAUGCUGAUAAAAUUGAUUUUUUAACCUCUCCUAAGCCUGUCGUUGAAGGCGAGUCAUGUAUCGAUGGUCGUACCGAAAUAUCGUGCCAUGGGACUAUAGACGGUGUGAAGAUAUCCGGAGACAGCGUGACCAAUACAUGUGUGUCGUUCGAUGAAGAGCCCGAUUCGAACAAAUGGUUGGCAGCAUGGAGCCUGAAAAGUCUAUUGUCGUCUAAGGCUCCAAGUGACCAGCCUGAUGAUAUAUUUUCAGCAGAGCAUGGGAAUGGUAUCAAGGUGUUGGAAUAUAAGCUGGAUCGUUCUGAUCGUCAGAUUGGUGUAUUAAAAUCGCAACUUAGUGAGCGUGAUGAAACUAUUGGGAGACUGUUAAAGCACGUGAAUAUGUUGGAGCAAUGGAAAUCUGAGCUUGAUCGUGGUAAAACUCUAUUAGUUGUUGAGCAGAAUCACGAAUUAGGCGCAGCUAUUAAUGUUAUGGAGAAGUAUAGGAUCAAGGUGGAUGAGUGCAAGACGCUUGAAUCUAAGUUGAUGGAUAUGGAGCACAAGCAUAGUUUAAAGGAUAAUGAGAUGAAAGAGAUAUUGUGUAAGUUGAAUGAGCAUCGAACUCGAGAAACGCAAUUGAUGUUGCAAUUGGAAUCUUUUACGGCAGAUCGUUUGUCUUUUGCGAAAUCUGUAGAGAAACUGAAGCGUUCUUUUGAGGUUCAGAAAGCUGAUGCUAAGUUGACUCUAGAGAAGGAGUAUGCGAACAAGAUAUCGUAUUUACUGGGUCAGAUAGAUUUGCAUAAGAAGCAGUUAGAGGAGAAGGACGGUGAUGUGAAACAGCGUAGUCAGAAGAUUAAGGAUAUGGAGAAAGAGGCAUCUAAAUUGAUGUUUAGAAUUGACCAAUUGCAACGAUUAGUGCGUCAUAAGGAUUAUGAGCUUCGAGUUAUGCGUGAAGCAAUGUUGAACCUUGAGGAGGAGUCAUUUAAAGAGGGUCAGAACGCGUCUGCGCGUAUUUCUGCAGUUCUCGCAUUAUUGGAGAGUACCAAGAGUGAUAAUUCUGAUUUGAAAUCUAAGAAUAUCGGUUUACAGAAGGAGUUGGACAAGUGUUUAAUGCGUCUUUCAACAGUCCACGCUCGGUCAUUUGAUGGAAAGGAGGUGAAAGAUGCUGUGUAG